CCGCCAGCGACGCAGACGCAGCGCGAUGCAUAUAAGAGAACGCAUGUGUCUCGAGACGCGCUUUUAAAAGCUGACGUUUUUUUUUUUUUUUUUUUUACAUCGUCACAGCGUCUUAAAACAGCGGCGCUCUUGCGUAAACGCGACGCAGCGGUCAAAGACGUCCAUCACGCGCAUGGAAACAAAGGAAAAAGAGCGCUGACACCAAACGCGCUCGGUGCGAGCGGCCCUUUAUAUGUCAUAAUCUCGUGCGCGCGCGUGUGGAGGUGUGCUGUCGUUACCAUGACAGCAGAGUUAGUAAACUCCCCUGUUGCCAUCGAUUAUUGACGCGCAACGAAUGCGAAGAAUCGUGCCAGUUGAGUGUGACUGUCUGAGGGAAUGUGCGCUCAUUCUCCGCACUGCAGAUGAUCCGGUGACUUCUCAAAACUCACGUAACACCUUUGGAGUCCACGAUCCGUGACGUCACAGUGGAUUGGAAUGAGCGUUACAAGCAGACCGAGCGUGAAUCACAGGCGUUAGCUGCUCCACAAUCUGUAAGGGCACGCGUGAUUAUAGCACACAGCACUAUGGGAGCAUUUGGGACUGCUGUGAUUGAUCUGGAUGAUGGUGAUGAUGAUGAUGAUAAUAAAGAGGAAGAAGUGCUGAAGAAGAGCCGUGCAGUUGAGCGUCUACCUCCACUGCUCGAGGAUGAGGAGAACGUUUCUCUAGCAGAUAUUCUGUGUUUGAGAGACAGCUGUCUGACUGAGCAGGAGUUGUGGGCGGUGUGUGUGGAGUGUGUGUGUUCACUACAGAGCAUCGCCCGCACAGCACUCUUUCAUACCCUCUGCGUGACACCUGACACUCUGGCCUUCAACGCUCAUGGCAAUGUGUGCUUUAUGGAACAGCUCAACGAUGAUCCUGAAGGCUGUUUUGUUCCUCCAGAGAUUGAGAAGACUGGAAGUACAUUUGAGGGUCACAUGUUCUCGUUAGGCUCCACCCUCUCGGCGGCGCUGGAUUAUGUCAUUGAUGAUGAGCUACAGGUGGAGUUGAGUUCAGAGAGCAGAUGUUUACUGAAGCAGAUGCAGAGCGAGAAACCGGACGAUAGACCCCAACUUCAGGAUGUUCUCUCUCACGCGGAGGCUGUACUCGAUAAUGUCUCACCCACAGCCGUCUGCCGAAAACUCUCUGCCAUUGGCCGAAGAGUUCUGUCUAUUGAAUCUUUUCAAGAUGGAUGGGAGAAAUCUAAUCAACCAUUUCUGGAAUACAAAACCUCAAGAUCGAACUCUGUGGAGAACCACACAAGCGAUCGUAUCAUGAUGAGAAACCUCUCCUCUGAUUCAUAUGAUGGAGAGGAGCUGCUGUUGAAGCACAGAGGUCUGGUCUGCAAUGGUUCCUCGUGGUCUGGAGGUUCAGCCAGCCUCAGAGAAGAUGAACCUUUUCCAGACAGUAGGUCUCAGAAUAGUUCUCCAGUGCACAGGAGGAACCAGGGGAAGAGGCCCGGGACAGCAAGGAGAGCCUUGAACCGCUCUUGCUCCGUCCCAGAUUCAAACAACCCUCCGGCGUUCAGUACUCCAGCGCACACACCCAUCAGCAUGCUGGUAGCGGAUUUAUCUGACAUCAUAGAGGAGGAGAGCGUGGUGUCCGGCUGGAACCGGAGGCUGCAUCGGGUCAAACCGAAGCAGAUGAUGGGGGACACAGCUUUAGAAUCAGGGGAGGAGGAAUCAGGUGUCCCGUCUGUGGAUGUGACGGUCUGCACACCUGAAUCUGGUGUGCAUGAGACUGAUCAGAGCGACGAUAUAGAUGUUCAAACCUCAUCGCUUGUAAAAGACGAGGACACUUGUGCAGACACUGACCUGUGCGGUUCAAACCAUGUGAACAAAAGUAUGUUGUGUCUCGAUAAGGACUCUCUGAGUGAGUGGAUGUCUUUGCGUGAGCUGCUCUCACAGUGUGCUCGUCCUUUCUCUGUGAAAGAGCUUUGGGCUUUAUGCUACACAUGUCUCUCCACGCUGCAGACGUACAUCGACUUACCAGAAUACCUGUGUCUGGACUCGGUGUAUGUGGGCUGUGAUGCAGAAGUGCUGUUUCUGAGACCUAAAAACACAGCUUCCUGUGAUGUAUUUUUCUUGGCUCCUGAAUUUCAAGAGCACGGAAUUGUGACGGAAAAGGCAUGUGUGUACGGGAUCGCUGCGAUCCUCUGGGCUACAGCCAAGUUUCAUUUGUCUGUAAAUCAAAAACUGGCUAUGCCGAGAAAACUCAAGAGACUUCUGCUAGAGAUGGCCAAACGAACACCGAUCGAAAGACCAUCUAUUGAAAUGGCGAAAAAGUGUUGCCGUGACUACCUCGCCCGUCAGGGUACUAAUGCAGAGACGGUGUGGACACAACUCAUCACAAGAGUUCAGCAGGCUUUCGUCGGGAAUAGAGCAAACGAGGAACCGUCUUCUCCUGAGUGUGCUGAAAGUCCUCCUGAUCCACACUUGGGAGAAGUUAAGCGAGGUUUUGUCCCGUUGGCAAGUGAGGGCAAAUUUGCCCCUGUAGCCGGUCCGGUUCCUCAUAUUUACCCCGUGUCCUCCACCUUCAUCAACCUGCCUGAGGCCUUCAGCUCUCCUGCGACACACUUCAGCCCCAUAAUACUGACUCAAGAGGAGCUCCUUCAUAAAAACACCCCAACUGUUCCCGAAUCUGAGCGGAUUGCCAGCAGACACGCUCUUGAGGACGUCACAUCUGAAACUAUUCUGAUAGAGUCAGAACAACAGGAAGAGAGAGACUUUAGGGAUGAUUUGUCUGUUUUAGACCACUAUUCUUCAUCAUCCAGUAGCAAGACUCUUGUUAAUUCCUCUCCGCCUCCAAUCACUCCCCAAACAAAAAAUCAGGAAAUCGACACCCAUCCAGAUUUCCCCACCUUAUCACAUGCUAAUGGGAUUUGUAACAACUUCCUGUUACAGCAGGACCCUCAGACAGGCCAUCUCACCCUACUUCCUGUACAGAUUGCUGUGCUUCAGCCAAUCACAGGCCUGGAUCUCUUAAAAACAGAACCACUAAACAAGAAACUAAUCAAACUACCAUCUUCUGGAAUAUCAGAUGACAAUAUUAAGAAUCAGAGAGGGAACACAGGAGAAUCACAUCCUGUUACCUGCAUAGAUGACUCUGCAAUGUCACCUGAGCCCGUGACCUCUGAGAAGGGAAGCCAAAGGGCAAAUAUGAGAGUUCAACUUGCACCUCACUCUGCGAAAGACACCCUGACCCUGUCUACAACAUGCAAAAGAUUUCCCUGUUUGCAACAGGUCAUUGAUCUAGUCAAAGAGGAGUUUGCCUUUGAUGGCUACCUGGACAAUGGAGUGGAAGAUCUGGCUAUGGGAGAAUACAUCUUCACAUUAAAGGACCUCCAGUUUGAGACCUUCUGUCGAGCAAUAACAGAGAAGUUCUGUGAUCUGUACUGGAAGCAGAAGCUGCUGUGUGAUCUACACUGUAUAAUUAACCAGCAUUCAUGUCAUCUAGUCUCUGAUCAACAGCUCUCCUCAGAGCCAGUGAAAAGGGCAACAGUAUCACUGCAGCGUGCCAGACGGAGUUAUUCCAGUCAGGAAAACAGUCAUCUUGACCACAAUACAAACCUCUGCUCCUCUCAGCCUUUAGAUCAACCAACGCCAGAUGAAAACAAGCAGAACGAGAUAAAGAAAGAACUAAUCAAAUUGGACUUAUUCAAAAACAGAGAGACAGAAGACAAACUUGAGCUUAAGGAGACUGAGUUUGACACCAGAACGGUGCUUUGGAGAGGAGAGACACAGGAAGUGAGAUCAGAGGAACCCCAGUAUGUCAGCAAAGUGAGUGGUCUUGUGUGUUCUGUCUUGAUGGAGUCGCAGUGCAGCUCAGCUCUUGAAGGGGGCGCUGAUGAGUGUGUGUGUGGAACUGAACUCCUGUGGAGCAGCACUGAGCUGGAGGAGACAGGAGGCAAUCAGCUCACUCCUGACUGCUCUGAAGCGGACAUGGAUGAUUCUGACUCCCUGAUGUCUGACCGGACUCUCUUCGCCUGCACCGAUCCGCAGCGACCCUUGCACGACUCUGCCUGGGCCCUGGCCCUGUACGGAGACCUCUGCUUCAGACCGGACGUGGUGAAGUACGCUCAGACACUCAGCAGUCACAGUGAAGCACCCACUCUAGAGGACAAAUCACAGGAUCCACCUUUCAAAGAGCCAGAAUUUCACCAGGAGCUUCACCAGCAGCUGAUCAUCGAGAGCCGAAACCUGAAAAGGACCAGAAAUUUCUACCACAAGCUGAUACAGCAAGAGAGAAAAAAUAAAGGGUCGGACACAAAGCUGAUGCCGUCAAAAGUGAAACUUCAGUUUGAAGAGCUGAAAGCCAAAGUGGAGUUUCUACAUUCUGUGAAGAAAUAUCUCCAGGUGUUAUCAGUGGAUCAGUGGGGUUUAGCGCUCUCUCUGCUGCCCUCUGUGGCCGUGUGUGGAACUGCACCUCUGGACCUGCAGCACUCUGAAGACCCCGCAGUGCUGAACCUUCUCUGUGAACAGCGCCGCGGAAAAUGCUGCCCUCUAGUGGCCGCGACAGCCAACGGUUUAAUGGCUUAUCUGUACGCCAGGAACGCUCACUCUGAUGGAUAUAUUCAGCAGUUCUUCUACACAUAUCGCUACUUCUGCACCCCUGAAGAGCUCCUGCAGUUUCUAAUGGACAAAUUUAACAGCACACUGGGAGCCAGUGAAGAUCCCUCAUCAGACAGCAACAAAGUGUACCAGCGCACAUUGGAUUUAUUACAGUUCUGGAUCGGAGACGGACUGUCUGUGGACUUUAGCUCCAGAUCUUGCCUUUUACACAUGCUGGACACUUUUCUUUCAUCUGAGGUUGCACCUGUAGACAGUCGAGGAGAGAGUUUGCGCUCAAUGCUUCAGGCCACGCCCAGGAAGAGGCGUGUCUUUGGGCUGUCGUGUUCGGGCGACGCCUCCAUCAGCAGUCUGGAAGAGGAGGACAUGAACUCUGUUCGCUCUUUAUGCAGGAAGUCAUCCACAGAGGAUGCUGCACGAAAGAGCUUCCAGUGGCGUGUGACACGUGUGGUGGAGCCGCAGACAGCGGCACCUAAAGAGAAAGCAUUCUCCAUCGCAGCGGCUCUCCCGCGGCCGUGUUAUGCCUCUUUAAUGACUCAACUGUCCAGCACGUGUCUGAGAUCAGAGGAGAGACUCCCAUACAGUCAGACUGAAUAUACAGCGCUACACACCGCACAACAGCUCACGCUACUGGAACAGGAAAUAUUUCAGGCUUGUCAUCCAGUUCACUUUCUGAACUCUAGAGCUCGUGGAGUGACAGAGAAUUCUGGAAACAUCUCAAAGUGUGUGUCUCUAGAUGUCCCACCCAUAGAGGGCAGCAGUCUGUUUGUGAGUGAUGAUCUGGGGCAGGACGGCCCGCUGCAGACACUUAUCAGAUACUCAGACAGUGUGUCCAACUUUGUUUCUGCUGAACUGGUCAUCUGUGACUCAGUCAAGGCACAAACAGCUUUGCUUGCUCGGUUUCUUGCCAUUGGCAAGUUUUGCUACGAGAUGAGAAAUUUCGCCACAGCCAUGCAGAUUCUGUCUGGACUGGAGAAUGUGAUUGUGAGACAAUUACCGGCAUGGAAGCAGCUCUCUGUGAAGGUGUGUGAGGUUCUGGAGGAGCUCAGGGCUGUGCAGGUGUUUCUGAAGAGUGAUAAUCUGUGUCUGAUGGAGGGAGAGAGAGGGAGAGAGCAGCCAACUCUCCCAGCAGCUCACAUACUGGCCAUGCACGUACAACAGCUGGAGAUCGGAGCGUUCACAAUGACCAACGGAUCUUACAAAUGGCCCAAACUCAGGAACAUUGCUCGUGUGGUGAGUCAGGUCCAUGCGUUCCAGGAGCAUCUGUAUUCCUACACACCUGACCUUGAGCUGCAGUCGUACCUGCAUGGGCGGAUUGCUCGACUCGGCAAGUGUGAUGUCCCCCUCCUCGCCUCUGAUAACAACGCCAACUUCAACCAGAUGCCCACUGAUCGCAACACCCGCAGGAUCCAAGACACCCUGCGCAGGGUCAAAGCAUCAUUUCAGUGACUGAACAGAGUCCUCAAGCGAGAAAACACCACAGUCAUCACUCAGAGGACCAGAAGUGAUGCACUAGACACCACUCUUAACAUGGCCAGAGACAACAGACAUCUCCGUCUGCUGUGGUGUGAGAGCUGAAGUUCUGGAAUGUGUAUAGUUGCUCUAUAUUAAUGUUGAUGAAGAAUUUUGUGGUCUAUCCCACAAGUGGUGAUUUUCCAAGAAUACUGGCAUAGCUUUAAUUUGUUUGAUUUGACUUGCUCAGUUUAAACUCUCAUUAUGAGUAUAUGGACAUGGUUAAUCAUAUUUACCAGUCAUUGCUUGUGCAUAACAUGCUUCUACAAGCAGCCUUAGCCAGUUUUUGUUUGUCGGAUUGCUCUCGUCUGGACACUUAAAGGAACAGAGGCUUUUCAUCUUUUGUGUGUUUACAUUUUCUGACAGAUGCACAACCAAAUAAAGUAGUAUGACUAUAUAUAGAUUUAUUGAUAAUUAUUAUGAAAUUAUUAAUUAUAUUCAGGUAAGUUUAAAUCAUAUUAUUCUUUUAAGGAGAAAUUUCAAAAAAUGCAUUAUAAACUCUGCAUUUAAUUUCCAGAGUAUAAAAAAGUAUCAUACUUAAAAAAUAGUUAACUUGAUAUAAUUAAACACAACCUAAUUGUAGGUAAUUGUGACAUACUUUUGAAUAAAGUUCAGUAUGAUUUAACUCA